GUCUACAUUUUUCUUCGAUGCUAAAGGGAUGUUCUCGGUGAUUACAAAUAGAGAAUGUUUUGAGUAUUGGCAACACUGCUAUUUUACACAAAUUGAACUAUUUGCCGUAGAUACUGAGGAUUUAUCAAUAUAUUGAAAAGGAUAAUCAAACAACGAUGUGUGUUUCUAUUCAAAAUAAAGUUGGAAGAAAAACAGAUAUACAAAUAUUAUGGUGUUCAAUUGUAACAUAGCGACCAUAGGAAUCAUGUGAGAUAUCAACUAUUAAUUAAGGUUCCACCUGUGCGGGCGUCGAUCAUGGAGGGCUAUCGAAAUUCACCGGCACAGCCCUUGCUGGACGUAAGUGAUCAUGAUCGAGAACGACCCCUGUCAUAUUCUUCUGAUGAGGAAUCGAGUAAUCCUGCAACACCAUAUAAAAAAGUAGAGGACAAAAACAAAUCAAAUGGGAAUAGUUGUGCAGACAGUGAUGAGAUCGAAGGGAAUAAAGUAGAGAAAGAAAGCAGACAAAAGAAACAUGCAAAAUUUGUGUCGAGCUUGUCUCCAAAGAUAACGCGAUCAGAUUCAGUAAAGUUUGGAAAAUCAGCCAAUGGAAAUGCAGGUCGAAAGAACUCUCAACCAAUCGGAAACUCUACACCUCCAAAACCGUCCAGACGUGUGCCAAGUUUAAAACUUAAACGUAUGAGCAUUGAAAGGCAUACAGACAAAUCAGAUUCAAAUAUGCCGUGUUUACCGAAUUGUAAUAAAAAUAAGCAAGGAAAUCCGUCAAUAACGAUCACAAUAGAUUCUGAUGAUGAUUCUGUUUACAGUGAUUACUUAAAUACAGAUAUGAAUUAUAAAAAUGACACGAAUAAAGUGAAAUAUAUUGGUGAUCAAACUUCAUUGUAUGGGACACCAAAGGAAGAGCUUUUUACAAAUUCUCAGGAAAAUAUGAAUUAUGAGCAAAAAUCUAGUCCAACCUCAUUCCUAAAGGAACAAAUUGUGUCUUUCUUUCAACCAUCGGAUAAUAAACUUGCAAUGAAACUCUUUGGAAAUAAGAAUGCUUUGAUGAAAGAAAAAUUGCGACAUAAACGCGUUGGGAAUUGGGUUAUACAUCCAUGCAGUAACUUUAGAUUUUAUUGGGAUUUAUUUAUGUUAGUUCUGUUAAUUGCCAAUCUGAUCAUACUUCCUGUUGCCAUAUCAUUUUUUAAUGACGAUCUCAGUACACACUGGAUAGUAUUCAACUGCAUAUCAGAUACAGUUUUUUUCCUGGAUAUUGUUAUUAAUUUUAGAACGGGUGUGAUUGUUAAUGACUUUGCAGAUGAAAUUAUUUUGGAUCCAAAGCUAAUCGCAAGACAUUAUAUAAAAAGUUGGUUUUUCUUAGAUUUGAUAAGUUCCAUUCCAAUGGAUUAUAUUUUCCUCUUGUGGGAUGCAGAGGCAAACCAGCUGUUCCACGCAGGGAGAGCCCUACGAAUGUUACGAUUAGCCAAACUGCUCAGUUUACUAAGAUUGCUCAGGUUAUCACGAUUAGUAAGAUAUGUACAGCAAUGGGAAGAGUUUGAGGCCUGUCCUUGUUUGACAAAAUGCGGACGUCGCAGGCGACCUGGGUUUCUUGCACUAGCCGGAAAAUUUAUGAGGAUUUUUAAUCUAAUUUGCCUAAUGUUUUUACUUGGACAUUGGAAUGGAUGUCUACAGUUUUUAGUUCCAAUGUUACAAGACUAUCCCAAAGAUAGUUGGGUGUCCAUUGAGGAGCUGAAGGACGCUCCGUGGUGGACACAGUACACGUGGGCGUUAUUUAAAGCUCUUUCACACAUGCUAUGCAUAGGAUAUGGAAGAUUUCCACCUCAAAACUUGACAGACACUUGGCUAACUAUUUUGAGUAUGCUAAGUGGCGCCACCUGCUAUGCACUAUUUUUAGGUCAUACAACUACUAUCAUACAGUCUUUUGAUACAUCGAGACGACUUUAUAACGAGAAGUUUAAACAAGUAGAAGAAUACAUGAUAUUUAGAAAGUUGCCACAUAGUCUUAGACAAAGAAUUUCUGAAUAUUAUGAACAUAGAUUCCAAGGGAAAAUGUUCGAUGAAGAGUACAUCUUAACUGAACUUAAUUCGUGUCUACGACAGGAUAUAAUCAACCAUAACUGUAGAGCUUUAGUAAAGUCUGUUCCAUUUUUCACAAAUGCGGAUCCACAAUUUGUGUCGGAGGUGAUAAGUAAGCUGAAAUUCGAGGUCUUUCAACCAGGGAAUUUUAUAAUUAGAGAGGGGACUAUGGGAACAAAAAUGUAUUUUAUACAAGAAGGAAUUGUUGAUAUUAUAACAAAAGACGGAGAAGUAGCAACUUCUUUAUCAGACGGGUCAUAUUUUGGAGAAAUAUGUCUACUGACGAAUGCAAAACGUGUAGCAAGUGUUCGAGCAGAAACAUAUGUGAAUUUAUAUUCUUUGUCUGUUGGACAUUUCAACGAUGUACUCGAUAGAUAUCCAGUAAUGAGACGAACAAUGGAAAGUGUAGCUGCAGAGCGGCUGACUAAAAUAGGGCAAAACCCAAGUAUUGUCAGUAGUAGGGCAGAUCUCGAGGAAGAUCAAAAACUUGUUAACGAACUUGUCAUGGAGUCAACUCCAGUAGUAACGAGUGCAAGUGAAGACGAAGAUAAAGACUCAGACGAUAGCUCUGAAAGUUCAAAAAGCUCGAAAAGGAAAAAGAAAUUCAAAUUUGAUUUUACGGGAAAAUUGCAUAAAAUUACAGAGGAAAGAAAAUCAAAGUCAAGAGAAAGCUUAAAGGAUGUAUGUGACUCUGAAAAUAAAGUCAGAAUGAGAAAAGCACCGUCUGGUUCUAACUUAUUUGGACUGAGGGUCCCUAGACUUCAACUAAAGCAUCGUUCUGGAAGUGUGGGUGCAAAUUUAAAUGCUUUAUCUUCAGUUCAAGAAUCAAGCCUGGAAACUUGUCGGAGACCAAGCUUUCUAAAUACGAAAUUUUUUAAAACAGGUAGAUCACGUGAAAAGACUAAAUCUACUGGAGAAGAUUCACCAUCGUCGGAAGGUCAUGGUAGUCUCAAGCAAUAUUUAAAUGUUCCUAUGUAUUGUAAAUCCAAGUCAAAAUCGACUAACGAUAAUUCAUUAUCAAGUGUCUGUGAUAGUUUAAGUAAGGAAGAUCCUAAAACACCGCAACCUAAAUUAAAUAUUCCUCCUGUUGAUUCACCAGUCAUAUCGUCUAGUGAAGAUAUUCCUACUGCUACGACACCAUUGGUAACGGUUGCUGUGAGUGAUCAGGAAUAUGCCAAAAAAUCCGAACAGAAGUCUCCUCCAAAGGCUAGCAUAAGUAAAGAUAAUGCAAAGAAUGUAAUUCCGUCAAGUCCGCCAAAACCGGACCAUUUAACGAUAGACAUUGAUGACUGUGAUACAAUUUCCCAGAAUUCCUUCCUUUGAUGAUAAUGUUCCUUAGUUCGUUAUUUUAUUAUUUUCAUGGUAUUUUUAAUCUGUUUUAGCGACAGUUGAAGUUUCUGUUUAUGAAGUAUUUGAUUGAUGAAUGAAGGUCAGGAUGGGGUUUACAGAAUAAAGAAUAAUGGAUAAAAAGUGCAGAACAAAGGGCAAAAGUAUAAAAAAAAUUAGACAAAAAUAAAGAAAAGAGAAUAAUGGUGUUCUAAAAUAUAAAAAUUAGAAAAGAAGGGUCAAAAUAGAAAAUAGAGCAAAAUGCUCGAAAAAGUUGAACGAUUAAAGAAAUGAAGUACCCCCCAUCCAGACCAUCAUUUAAAUACGUAUUUUCCUGCUAUUUCUCCAUACAUUUUAAUUUAAUUACAGUUUGUGAAGUGUUACUAUUUUGAACAGUAUAUAGUUCGAAUUUUUUAGCCUCUUGAAAUGCGUUAAUCUCAUAUUUAUUUAAAUCAAGUAUAUUAACAGAGCAAUUUUUCAGGCAGGAACGAAUUUCCGGCAUAAAGUUAAAAGUAAAUUUCGUCCCGAAAUAGCUUAUUGCUUAUUAAGUUGAUAUCCAUAGUGUUUUAAAAGUGAUAUCAAAAAUGAAUUAUAUCAGUUCUCCUGAUGUGGUUUUCUCCACUGUUCGGCAUAUCAUUUCUAAACACAGGAAGUUAGAGACAGACAUUGGUCGCACGGUCAAUCAUAUGAACCAAUCAAGUUGCCUUUACAUGUACUCCUCGUGACAGUAUAAACAUGUCUGUAGAUAUUAUUAAGUAUAACUUAUUAAUGCAUGUUAUACUUUGGAACAAAUUCUACCCUGCAGUGUUCAAUUUCUUACCACUAAGAAUCAUUUUAGUUCACGAAUGAACUCUUGUGGAAGCUGUAAUAGAAUAAAAAACAAAGAGAUGUUGGGUAUACACUGAUUAGACAAUUUCCCAACGAAUAAAAAGAGGCAGCUACAGGUAAACACGUGGUCUUCAACAACAGACAAGUGCCAAAACAAUAAUUCAAGCUCUGAAUGGUUCUGACGCAAGGAAAGUCGUGAAUAUAUAAAAUACAGACUUUUGAAAAUAGUCAAAAGUACAGACAAACAAUUAACAAGGUUCCUGACUUGUGACCUACACUUGAAUAUGUAGCUUGUUUUCUUUUUCUGUAAAUUGAAGUUUAAGAUUUUUAACAUGCUCGCAUAGCAUAUUAAAUUCCUAAUUCGUUAUACCGUGUACCAUUCAGGAUACAACUAUUCUAUCUAAUAUUGAAAAGAUAUCCAUCUGUGAGUCACGUGACAAUCUGAUUGACAUACAUAUCCUGUGUUUACGCUACGCUAACGAGAACCCCCCUUGUUAGCAAAGUGUGGAUAUGGGCUCUGUAUUUUAAUCAGAUUGCUCACAUGAUCAAAAUGUUGCAUUUCCUCUUUGUAUUUAUCAACGAAAGGUUGGGGAACGACUGAUCAACAAAACUGCUUUUACUAACUAGAAUAUGCUUACUGUUUUCGGAGCACAAGAUAUCACUUCCGGUUGUAGUGAUACGUUAGUAUUGCCAAAAUUCAUGUUUAAUAUAAACCUGUAUUGUUGAUUUUGAUUUAUCCUAAAAGUCUGUUGUCUGUCCUCUGGAUUCAGGCAUUUAUUUCUCAUAUUUAACAAUGAUAUAACAAAUGUUCUAUUUAUACUUAAAAUUUUAUAAACAAAAGUUUCCAAGGGCUUUCAUUUCCUUUUAAUCUACAAAUUGUGAUAGAUGCUUUUUCUCGAAUUUUCAUUUGCAUGUAUAGUAUACGUGUGUAGUUUUAUCAUGAAGUUUUUGUUUGUGCAUUUUUUGUAUUGCACAUCUUACUUGCAUAAUGUAUAAAAAUCAUUCAGGUAUGAUUGAUGGUUUUAGUGCCAAAGUUUUUUAUGUUCGUUAUAAAACAACGAAUAAGACAACUAGUGAAUUAUGGUGGUUGAACGUUUAGUUGUAGUUUUUUCUGUUCCUUAUUGGUUAUUUACUGUUAAUGGUGGUUGCUAAUGCCACCCCAGUAAUAACACCUUGGGUAAAUUCAAGUGAUGUCCAUGAAGCAUUAUUAUAAAAAUAUUUUAUGGUUUUUUUGAGUAUUUUUGUCAGAUUGCGUUUUUUUUUUAAGUUUAAUAUGUUCCUAUGUAGUCUUGCAUUCAGAAAAAUGUCAAACAUACAUGAAUGAUAGCUAAAAAACGGUGUACAUGACAUUUUGUUUCAAUGACAAGUGGACAUGCAAACGCUGUAAAUCGAGAAUCAUUUUGACAGACAAUUAAACUUUUUUUUUCAUUCCAAUAUCAUUCCGUUUGACAGUGUGUUCGUUUUGUGAAGACAAUUUCUCUGUGAAUUAAUGUAUUUUUUUUGUAUUGAACUGCGACAUUUUUCACCUUCAAAAGUAAAGAAUUGAACAGACAUCUUUAAAAAUGUUGGAACUUUUUUUAUAGUCUGUCAUAAUUGAUUGCAUAUUAUAUUUUGUUUCUAUUGUAAAAAUGCAAAGUUUUGUUAAACGUUUUAUUUUUGUAGCAACAUGACACGUGAUAUGCAAUUUCAAAAAUUUAAAGAAUAAAUUAUCAAUUA